UUGGUGAAAUUAUUUAAUUACCUAGCAACGUUACUUUGUCCCUCCUGCGGUUUGUUCUGGUGUAUUGAGGGAAUCAAGACAGAAGUACUCAGCUGAUUUGUGGUGACUAACGUGUUAUCUAUCACAAGCAAAGGUACCUAUAAAAAAAUGUUCAAUCCUACAUAAAAUAUUAAAAAUGCCGCUAUUACUACUGUCUCCAAAGACAAACAGGAGUUUUAAGGUGCGAGAGUUAUUCAGAUGCUGAGAAGUCUCCUCAGAACUGAAGAUUUUGCGAUGAAGCUUUCGGACUCCAGCAACACUGACAAGGGACCUUCCAGGGAGCAUGGAAAGAGUUAACCGGAGGCUGCGGCUGCAGCAGCAGCUCUGCUGGUGACCAUUUGCACGCCUGCAAGGUACAGUCCCAGCAGACACAUUAUCAGAUUAGGGGAAGGCAAACAAACCGAAUUGAAACCAUUCUUCAGCGAGUCCAACCUCUUCUUCCUGUGAUGUCAUGCUACAAAUUGCCUGAGCUUUUUUUCUCUCCUCUCCAGAAGGAGCCGGGCUGGCGAGAGGCUGCCGGGUGCUCUGCAGGAACAAACACGCUCUGGAAUUUCAUUUCUGCCCUGGCGAGCAGCUUGCUUUGCUUUCCGCCCCAUGGGGCGAGCCAGGGAGCAAGCACUCAGAGGAGCCGACCAGCUCGUUUUACAGAAAGAAGGCUGAGGGAGAAAUGCAAGCACCGACACUUUGCGGCGUCCAGAAAUUUGUUUUCUAAAGCAUACACUCCUGGUAAAUUUGGAUGGACAAGACUUUGCCAUCAUGAUCUGCAGCCAAGAGUAAGGCAGAAAGUUCGACAUCGGCUUCAUUGAAUCGAGGGGGAAAAUGGAACUAAGCAAGUGUCGGAAUGACCUCAUCUGCCACAAAUGACAUGGUUUUUUGACUUCUGAAGACCGGCUAUGUGAUUACAAAUAGCACUUGGAAGAGAAGAGUGACCUCUUGGUGAUUACUGCUGGAGAUGCACUCCCCGGCUACAGAGCUUGUGUUUCUUCUCUGAAGCUUUACAGUGCAACAAACUCACCAAAGCAUAUGGUUCCAAUGCAUCUGCAAGUUCUUCUGGAAUUUUAAAAAAAAGUUGCCAUAAAAAUACCAGAGAAACCUCCAAAUCACAGGAAUUUUAAAUAUACCAUUAUAAUGGUAAGCUCUAAUUGUUCCACUGAGGACUCCUUUAAAUACACUUUAUAUGGCUGUAUCUUUAGUAUGGUGUUUGUUCUCGGCCUCAUAGCAAACUGCGUUGCUAUCUACAUUUUUACUUGUACAUUGAAAGUGCGAAACGAGACUACAACUUACAUGCUUAAUUUAGCAAUUUCGGAUCUGCUUUUUGUGUUUACGUUACCCUUCAGGAUUUAUUACUUUGUAGCGAGAAACUGGCCAUUUGGGGACAUUCUUUGCAAGAUUUCUGUCACCCUCUUUUAUACGAAUAUGUAUGGGAGCAUUUUAUUUCUGACUUGCAUAAGCGUAGAUCGCUUUUUAGCUAUUGUACACCCCUUUCAAUCUAAGACGCUCCGAACCAAAAGGAAUGCCAAAAUUGUCUGUGCUGCAGUGUGGAUAACCGUGUUAGCAGGCAGCACACCAGCAAGCUUUUUCCAGUCUACAAACCGCCGUAACAACACGGAACAAAGAACGUGUUUCGAAAACUUUUCGGAGGACACAUGGAAAACCUACCUAUCCCGGAUUGUUAUCUUCAUUGAAAUAGUUGGGUUUUUUAUUCCACUCAUCUUGAACGUGACCUGCUCUACUAUGGUCUUGCGGACUUUGAAUAAACCACUUACAUUAAGUCGGAAUAAAUUAAGCAAGAAAAAGGUACUCAAAAUGAUUUUUGUCCAUUUGGUGAUAUUCUGCUUCUGCUUUGUGCCUUAUAAUGUCACCUUAAUACUUUACUCCCUUAUGAGAACACAGACCUGGAUCAAUUGUUCAGUGGUAACCGCAGUCAGGACUAUGUACCCCGUCACUCUGUGCAUCGCCGUAUCAAACUGCUGUUUUGACCCUAUAGUCUAUUAUUUUACAUCUGACAAUUCAAAAUUCGAUAAAAAAGAACCGGUCCACUAGGGCACGGGACAUCAGAUUAUCUGAGAGCCCAGUUUCGGAAAACUUCAUUCAACACAGCCUUAGGACCAUAAAAACAAAAAUAUUUGACAGUGACUCUACG